GCCGGGGCGUGGCCGUGGGGCGGAUGGCGGCGCCGCGCGCGGUUCUGGUGCUGAGCGGGAAGAGGAAAUCGGGGAAGGACUUUGUGGCCGAGGAGCUGCGCGGCCGGCUGGGCCCCGAUGUCUGCAUCAUCCUGCGCCUCUCCGGGCCCCUCAAGGAGCAGUACGCCAAGGAGCAUGGCCUGGACUUCCAGCGGCUCCUGGAUGCCAGUGCCUACAAGGAGACCUUCCGGCAGGACAUGAUCCGCUGGGGCGAGGAGAAGCGCUGCGCUGACCCCGGCUUCUUCUGCCGGAAAGCAGUGGAGGGGGCAGCACAGCCGGUGUGGGUGGUGAGCGACGCGCGGCGCCUCUCGGACGUGGAGUGGUUCCGGGACGUGUACGGGGACGUGGUGCAGACCGUGCGGGUCGUGGCCAGCGAGGAGACGAGGAAGAGGAGGGACUGGGUCUUCGUUGCUGGGGUGGACGACGCAGAAUCUGAGUGCGGCCUGGACCAGGGAGUGGCCUUUGACUGGGUGAUCACCAACGAUGGAGAUGAGCUGUCCCUGGACGAGCAGCUGGAGACACUGCUCCAGUCACUCCAGGGCUGCCUGUAACUUGGUGACCCUCGGCUGGGACUUGGGGACUGCGUCCCCUUCCUGGCCCCGUGACGUGUCCCCUCCUGCCUCCAUCCAGUCCUCCCUGUCCUACACAAAGCUGAGACAUGGAGAAUUGCA